AUGGUCAACAGAAAGCUGUCGAAUAUUCCUCUGCCGUCUGAUGGCAGAUUCGAGACUACAUCUCGGGCCAUUCGCACUCGCAGCUACCAAGCAAUGAUAGCCCAAAGCAAUGGUAGCAAUUUGUCACCUUUGCAAGCGUCGACCCUGCGCUUAAGCCCAAUUGCGUCACCUGUCAAGGGUUUUGAUCACCAGACUCCGUCGAUUCCCUUUGUGAACCGUGCCUCUGCUCCCCCAACCCAGUCACAGCUGUCUUCGGCUUCUUCGGUGAACCCACACAUCAACCCGUUGAUCUAUUCGUCUGUGGGAACUUCGUCCUUUUCCAUCUCGGAUUCACCUACCUCUAUCUCGGCCUUCCUGGGUACUAGUACCCACACCAGUCUGAACAAACGGCCCGCAACUGAACUCGACGUCAUUGAAAAUGACGAGGAUGGGUGA